AUGGCAGUUACAACGCAAUACGCGCACGCGCCCCAACAGAGCCUGCAUUAUGGCUACAUUCCGCCUCCCUCGCCGCCAAUGGACGAGACCUCAAAGUGCUCGCUGCCAUCAAUCUCAAACCUCAUUGGGCUGGCGGACCAAGGAUCUCCCACGUCAGAAACGUCGCCUCAGUCUCAACAGCAAUCGCAAGCAAUAAAGGCUGAGACGCGGCCAAAUUCGUCCCACUACAGCAACCAAGCAAUGGCCAAGACGGCGCUGCCGCCGAGCCCACCCAUGUCUUCCGAUGCAUCCUUUGAGGGUUACAACUCGCCGUCCACCAGGUCCGUGAGCCAGGUCUCCAAUGGUUCCAACUACUACUUCGAGACGACGCCACCCUUGGGUCCAAUGGACGCGGAACCUCGACAGAUGGCUCCCGCUGCUGCCGUCCCUCGAGCCUCGGUCCAGGCUUCGACAUACCUGCCCCGAUUCGCUGCCUCGGCGUAUCUGGGCCAAUCCGCCAUGCCCUCUUACUAUCCUCCGAUCCAGGCUGCCGCAGCGCAGCCGCAAAUGCCCGGUCUCUACUACCAGCGGCCUCUACCUCAGACUUUCCCCCCACCUAUGCCUGUCUCGGUGACACUUGCCCCGGGGCCAGGUGCCAACCCCUGGCAGCACCAUCAUUACAUCGCCCCUUCAUCGGCAGCCUCGUUCUCCCAGAGUCAAGAUCGGUACAUUUGCCAAACAUGUAACAAGGCCUUCUCCCGGCCGAGUUCACUGCGGAUUCACAGCCAUUCUCACACGGGCGAGAAGCCUUUCAAAUGCCCGUUUCCUGGCUGCGGCAAGGCUUUCAGCGUACGGAGCAACAUGAAGCGACACGAGCGGGGCUGCCACAACCUUGAUAGCAGUAGCAACAGCAGCACAGGAAGCGCCGGCAGUGCCAGAGCUUGA